AUGGUCCAGGAGACUCGUAGUCCCCAUUCGCAUCUCUCUUCUCAACCACCACCAUCUCACCUCCCAAUUCGCAUAUCGAACCCGUUCAUCGAACCAGCUAUGCCUUUCCAACUCCGUAAGAUUUUCUCCAAGAAGGCUCGCGCCAUCAAGCCUAUGCCUUCGUCGCCGUCGUCUGCAUCUCUGGAAGCCCCUGUCAUCCACCCUUAUCCCCAAGGCUCAAGUCCUACAUCGUCGUGCAGCACUCUGGUUGGCACUCCAGCCAUCGAGCGCAAGGAUUUGAUCAUAGUCAAGUGCCUGAGCAUCAAGCAUGCCCACGACGUAUGGCUUGUCUCCCACAAGCACACUGGGCAACUCUAUACCCUCCACAUCUACCAGCUACACCUUAUGAGCGACGAACAACGCGAUCUCGUACAUAACGAACGCGAAAUCAUGACUCUGCUAUCAGCGAGCGGACACUUCCUGAAUAUCGUGUCUCACUGGAGCGACAUGGGAGAAACUUGUAUCCUUACCGAUUACCACCCGACCACGGUACAAGACAAUCUUAGCGAGCAGCCUCUCAGUAAGCGUGAAGCACAACGUUAUGCAGCACACAUGACCUCGGCGUUGUUGCUCUUGCACAACAUGCGGGCUGCGCACAACGACGUCAAGUUGUCGAAUAUGUAUCUUACUCCCGCAGGUCGACCACUGCUCGGUGGUCUGGCGAAAAUCAGUACGGGGUCCCCUAUGGAAGGAGCGCUGAAGGAUAUCCGCGACCUGGGGGUUUGCAUGUAUCAAAUGGCGACCGGUACAAUGCCUUUCGAUGAAGAGGGAAAUUUUAUGCCCUCGCAAAUUGAAGAUCUUGCCCAUCCCGAUCUUCAGUUGCUCAUUAUCGAGUUGCUGACGAACCAAAUCACCGACCUGGAAUGUUUAAAGUAUCACCCGUACUUUGAUGGAAUUGACUGGGAAGAGAUUGUGUCUCCCUCAGGCGACAUUCAGAAGUCAGACUCCGCGAGUGUCUUCCCCGCUGGCAAACGCGACUGGGAGCUUGUCGACGUGGAGAAGCCAGAAGCACUCGUUUCCGUCUUCACUGAAUCAUCAUCAAUGGAUUCGCUAUCCUCUAUUAUGUCGCGUCUUUCUUACCCAGGUUCCCCUAUCACGACCCCCCAAUGGGAGGUAGAGCAGGUGGUCUGGCGAUGUGCGCCUGGGUACAGAAAGUCACCUGAGUUCGUUCAUUCUCCAGGACCUCAGGAGGUAGUUGUGCUAGGUUCAGUGUUUGAUGCUUGA